ACCCCUCCCCUCCUUCUUUCACUCUUCGAGCUCAGUCCCAAAGCAUUCUGCUGCGACGAAUUCGAUCGCCGGACAAAAAGUAGUAAGCCAGUAUCCAUGGCGGCGGAAGGCACCCCUACCGGCAACGACAUUUCUCCUAAUAUGACAAUUUACAUUAACAACCUCAACGAGAAAAUCAAGCUCGACGAAUUGAAGAAGUCACUUCACGCGGUGUUUUCGCAAUUCGGGAAAAUACUCGAGGUUUUGGCAUUCAAAACCCUAAAACAUAAGGGGCAAGCUUGGGUUGUUUUUGAGGAGGUUUCUUCGGCCACCAAUGCGCUUCGUCAAAUGCAAGGAUUUCCAUUCUACGAUAAGCCUAUGCGGAUACAAUAUGCGAAGACAAAAUCUGAUAUCAUAGCAAAAGCAGAUGGUACUUUUGUACCUCGAGAAAAAAGAAAGAAGCAUGAUGACAGAGGAAGAAAGAAAAAGGAGCAACAUGAUGCUAAUCAAGCAGCAGCUGGUGCAGCAUAUGCUGGUGCUUAUGGUGCAGCCCCUCCUUUAUCUCAAAUACCAUAUAUGGGGGCCAGAGCUGUUCCAGAGGCUCCUGCUCCACCAAAUAACAUCUUGUUUGUUCAGAAUCUUCCUCACCAAACAACUUCUAUGAUGUUGCAAAUGCUUUUCAGUCAAUGUCCUGGAUUCAAGGAAGUUAGGAUGGUCGAAGCGAAGCCUGGAAUUGCUUUUGUAGAAUAUGAAAACGAGAUGCAGUCAACUGUAGCAAUGCAGGGUCUUCAGGGAUUUAAAAUAACUGAUGACAAUCCUAUGUUGAUUACCUAUGCAAAGAAGUAGGUGAAAUUUUUGUUGUGCAUUUGCUCUGCGGAGAACUGGUAGAAUCUUGUACUUGACUUCAUCAAAGUCCCAUUUGUUCACUUUGUACCAGUGUAAGUUUAGUGUAAUUACCUGAUAGAAACUAGAUUUGCUCUGCUCUUUUAUCUCACUUUUUAUGCUGAACACCAAGUUAUUUAAUGCUUUUGUUUUUGUUUAGCGAGCUUGCACUUCCAGCUACAUAAGUGCUCCAGCUAUGAAGUUUCUUCCAGAAGUUUUAGUGAUGAUACUAGUUAUAAUUUA